UACCGAAUGUCAACCGAUCACGACAGUUUGCUCUUAUAUAACAGCGAUAAUGGCAAUUAAAAGUCCUAAAGAACAAGUUGAGGCUAUACUAGACUUUGCAGGAAAACUACAGAGCAAAACCAUAAAUCAUCCAGAAAAGCAACAUCUAAUCUCCGAUGACAAUAUCCGCAAGCAGAUCGACCAGUACCUGAACUUAUUUCCUUUGCCUGCAGGCUCAUUGACUCCUGUGACCCGUCCUCGGUUCGACCACGAAGGGACAAAACUAUGGAACAACUGCGUGCGACUCAUGGCCAUGGGGGAAACCGGCGAUGGUCCAAUGGUCCGGUGCAAAGUAAAGGCACUUGCGUUUGUGAUGAUAGAGGCCGCCGCGCCAAUCCGGGAUCCGGGAUGCAACAGAGCUUUGGAGACGGCUUUUCGACUGGCUAUGACUUGCAUAGAACAAAGCUGUCUCGACCUAAGCCAGAAGAUCAUCGAAACUGUGGCUGUGCGGCUGGACAAACUCGAAAAGGCACAAUCCGACAUAGAAAAAUCCAAGCUGCAGCAGUUUAAUACAGAGUAUUACAUGCUCCGAGUCUAUCUAUCUUGGUUCCAGGGACGACCUGAUAUCGCAGACCAUCUGUUUUCCAAAAUACCGAAAUCAGGUCACGAGGGCCAAGGAUUUGUGAUGGAUAUAUGUUAUAAAGUCGGCAGUCUUGCACUUUCGCGCAAGCAGUAUGAUGUUGCGGCGAAGUGGCUGGGAAGAGCACUGGAAUCAUGCGAAUGGAUCGUUCGAGCCAAUCUCCAUCUUGAUACAGCGGAAUCAAAGGUUUCCCUGGCUCGGACGUUGGAGAGUUUGAAAGUGCAAUAUGGUUGUCUGUUUCCUGUUCGGCUGAUUCAGCUGGAGGUUCUCAGCAGAGAGCUGAACUGGGGCGCCUAUAUUCAAGGUCGCUGGAACUACAGUCUAUCGUGGUUAUGA